AAUACAAGUUAGGUUGAGCUUUGAAUGAGGGGCCAUCAUCCCGGUGGUUCGGCGGUGGUAUAUACAGUUUGUAAUAUUAAAAUGAAAAGGAUGGAUUUAUUGACGGGUACCUGAGUUACCACCAGGCCUUCUUUCACCUUCUCGGCCGGAUUCUUUGGAUGUUCCCCUUCCUGCCCCCCCAUUUGCACAUUCCAGCAUUUUAUAUAUUUUCUUCAAUGCCUUAAAUCUGACUUAACUUUAUUUAGAAAAUAUACAUAUGUUCUUUAUAUACACUUACAUCUCCUGAAGGAUUUCAAACAUACAGCCUAGCAGCUUCAACCCCCACCCCCCUCCCUCUUUCCCUUUACAUCAGAUUAAGACACUAACUCAAAACACACGUACGCAACGUACAACGAGCAUGUCCUCCAUACUACCCUUCACUCCCCCAGUGGUGAAGAGGCUCCUCGGGUGGAAGAAGACUCCGGCGGGGGGUGGAGGAGCUGGAGGUGGGAUAGGGGGAGUAGGGGAGCAGAACGGGGGCGGGCAGGAGGAGAAGUGGUGUGAAAAAGCCGUCAAGAGCCUGGUGAAGAAGCUGAAGAAGACGGGACAACUGGACGAGCUGGAGAAAGCCAUCAGCACGCAGAACAGCAACACAAAGUGUGUCACCAUACCAAGCAAUUGCUCAGAUCUAUGGGGUCUAGGCUCAGGCCACAUGAUAGAACAGUGGGACUCUGCAGGCAUGUACGGAUAUCCUGACCACAACAGGUCGCUUGAUGGCCGUCUCCAGGUGUCCCACCGCAAGGGCCUGCCGCAUGUUAUCUACUGUCGCCUGUGGAGAUGGCCCGACCUUCACAGCCACCAUGAGCUGCGAGCCAUAGACAACUGCCAGUACGCCUUCAACCUCAAGAAGGAUGAAGUGUGUGUCAACCCCUACCAUUACCAGAGGGUGGAGACGCCGGUGCUGCCCCCAGUGUUGGUGCCACGCCACACAGAGAUUCUGACAGAGCUUCCACCUCUAGAUGACUUUACAAAUUCAAUCCCUGAAAACACCAAUUUCCCAGCCGGCAUAGAUCCUCCUAAUAACUACAUACCAGAGACUCCCCCACCCGGCUACAUCAGUGAGGAUGGCGAGGCUAGUGACCAGCAGAUGAAUCAAAGUAUGGAAUCAGGUUCACCAGCGGAACUGUCACCUAACACCUUGUCGCCUGUCAGCCACGGCCUGGACCUCCAGCCUGUUACCUACAGCGAACCAGCUUUUUGGUGCUCUAUAGCCUACUACGAGCUCAACCAGCGAGUUGGAGAAACGUUCCAUGCUUCGCAGCCUUCUCUUACCGUGGAUGGCUUCACUGACCCCUCCAACUCUGAACGCUUCUGUCUUGGGCUUCUCAGCAACGUCAACAGGAACGCAACUGUUGAGAUGACAAGGAGGCAUAUAGGUCGUGGAGUCCGGUUGUAUUACAUUGGAGGCGAGGUUUUCGCUGAGUGCCUCAGCGACAGUGCCAUUUUUGUCCAGAGUCCCAACUGCAACCAACGAUAUGGCUGGCACCCCGCCACAGUCUGCAAGAUACCUCCAGGCUGUAACUUGAAGAUUUUUAAUAACCAAGAGUUUGCUGCUCUGCUGGCCCAGUCCGUCAAUCAGGGGUUCGAGGCGGUCUACCAGCUGACCAGGAUGUGCACCAUCAGGAUGAGCUUUGUCAAAGGCUGGGGUGCCGAGUACAGACGCCAGACAGUCACCAGCACACCUUGCUGGAUUGAGCUGCAUCUCAACGGCCCCCUUCAGUGGUUGGACAAGGUGCUGACCCAGAUGGGUUCCCCUUCGGUGCGCUGCUCCAGUAUGUCCUAAAUGGCAUUGAGCCGCUGCGGAGGAAACUUGACAUUACGCAACAUUUGACCAGCAUCUUAAAGGAUUCCACCAUGCAGAACUGAUGGGAGUAACAUCAUUCCAACGACAAGAAAACCUACACGAAGGACCUCAAGGAUGAGAGAGAGAGCAGCGCCGCACUGGAAUGUAAACAUCACAGCAAGCCUGAUCACCUUUUUGCUUCUGCUGGAUCGACCUCAGGCUGACAUUCCAAUCACCAUGGACCUACUAGUUGAAGUCACCACGCAUCUCCGGCCCGAAUCCAUUUACGUUUUUCAGGUAUAAAGGACUGGAGGUGCUGAACCAGACACACACACACACGUCAAAUAGCUGUUUGGGGGACUGAAGUCUAUCUCUUGUCACCAAGAACACCUUGCCUCCUCACUGCCUCGCUACCACACCACAAGCUGGAUCCAGUGUCAAGAGUUUUUCGUUUACACAAGGUUGACUUGUAGUCCAACUGUCACUCUCUGGGUUCACGUUCAACCAAAGUUUUUAUAGCGUUUCUUGGUUUCAGUGACCAAAAGUAUUGUUCUGUUUCUUCUCUCUUCUCUGUCCACGGUCGCCGUCAACGAAUAACGCACCACACCCUGUCUUCGUAUACACUCGCAACAUCCCGGUUUUCACUUUGCUGCAGUUUCAGUGGGUAGAGACUCUGUCUCUUGCUUCCUUAUAGUCCAUUACAUUAUCUUCUGUAUAUCAAGGAAGGACUUGACUGUGUGCAGAAUGAGGACUGUAGCGUCCCAAUGUCGCCCCCUGCUGUCAGUAUGUCUCUCUAGCUUAUUAUGCUUGAACUGAUGCAUGGUUCCCCCUCGCUCAAUUCAUCAAUAAUGUAUUGAUAAGACUCCUACAAUGUGGGAUUAAAAAAAAAAGGCCUCUAUUAUAAUUGCACUGCCCCAAAUUAUGCAUCCUUAUUAUUGCUUUCAAGAAAGUUGCCUUUGAUGCAAAGCAAAAAAUGCUUUGAAAUUGUACAUAUAAGAAUGUGGGAAAAACCCUAUAAAAGCGUAUUUUUGGAAUAUUCAAUAACGACUUGCGAUCUCGUCGUAUUAUUAUGGUAUGAAUUGAAAUAUUAUUGGGUAUCUCUUGAAAUUUAGUGAGUUCAAAGCAAUUUAGAGUCCACAGUUUUCCAAUUCAAAUGUAUUUAAGCUUUAAGUAUUAAACCAAGCAAUUAUACUGCAGUUAUUUGAGGUUUUCAGCUUUGCUUUUGCAUAUUGGUGAUUUUUUUAAACAAAAAAUUAUACAUAUCUAUAUAUGACAAAUUAUUCACGGCUUUCCUACUUUGCCCCCUGAAAUGAUUAUAGCGUGAGAAGUAUGUAACAUAGGAUGUGAAAUUGUCAAACGGCCAAGUAUUCACAUAAUCAGUGAAAUAACCCUAAAUCCAAAAUGAUUACGUUGUCCCAAAGACUAAAUGCGUUGUUUGUACACUGACCACAACAUCAUGGCUGCAAUUGAUGUAUUUCCCCCAGUGACCUAAUAAUUAAAUUUUUAAGGUUUUAUUUUCAGCUUGGGCAAUGCAGAAUGACGUCAUCACUGCAGUUGGUAUUCUUUGCCUCCUGAAUGUGAAACAUAGGAGCGGGCAACAUUCCGGUUUGCAAUGUAAAAACUGCCUCCCAACGUGGAGCUCUGUAGCUAUACGUAAGAGUGUGUUUACAUGCAUGGACGUUUUUCUUUUUUUAAACAUAUUUAUGUCCCCCAACUUCGAGCACAUAAAAGGAUUGCCAGCGGGACAUGUAAAUAUGGCGGAUGUCUCACUACGUCACAUUCCAGAUUCAUCGUUUCCUCCAAACAACCAGACGGUGACACGUUUCCUGUGCAUGUAAACACAUCUGAAGUGACAUCUCGUCAACCAGGGUGACGCACGUCGACUUUUGGACCAAGCUGAAUGAACUUUAAUUCAUUUAUCGAUCCUGAUCCUGCAGGGCGGCCUUUUCCGAAUUUUUUUUUUUUUUUUUUUUGAUCCUGCAGAAUCUUGCUCACUUGUACAUAAACUAAACUAGCCCAUGGCGGUUCUGUUUAUCUCUGUGUAUCUACAUGUCUUUUAUUAUGUUUUUACCUAUUAGGGAAUACUUUUGACUGGACUUUACCAAUGCCAAGGUCAGUACAUGGUUAAAAAAGAAAAAGAAAAAAAGUUGUAGUUUCCUUAAGGUUGUUGUACCAGUGACACAUACAGUGUUUGUUCUAUGCAUUGACAUCAGAUUGUUCAGAGUGUAUUUUCAAUACAUACAGUAGGUGUUUCCCUUAGACGAUUACAGUUGUGUGCAUAUUGCCAGGUUCCAGCAAGCCUUUUUGUUUUUUUUUGUUUUGUUUCUUCUUUAAACGAGUGCCACCUUGUUCUCUAGUUGGCUUUUUCACUUCCUGAGAAGUUUGCAAAGAGAGAAUGCACCUCGACACACAUUCUUGACAAAUCACCUGUUGUGUUUUUUGUUUCUUCUGUGAAGGACAAGUGUGGAUUCCCAAAAAAAACAAACCUACUUCAGGGGAAAGUUGCUUCACGUCACCUGUAGUGUUUUUGUAUAGUUGUUCUUUUUAUCUUUCUUUGUAUACCUUUUUUUUUUUUCUUGCUUCCCACAACGCAUAUCCCAUCGGACAACAAGCUGUAAGGAUUUCUGUCUUCAAGCUCUGAUCUUCAUAUGCGUUCCAGUUACAAACGAGCAACUUCUGUGUACACUAAUAAAAAGCUGUUAUGAUUCAAUCCUGAA